AUGGUCCGCUACGCCCCCGCCGACCGUAUCCCCAGUGCCAAAUCGGCUCGCAGCCGUGGCAGUUAUCUUCGAGUCAGCUUCAAGAACACCCGUGAGACCGCACAAGCCAUCAAUGGUUGGAAACUCGAGCGCGCCCUGCAAUAUCUCGCCAAUGUUCAGGAAUUGAAGGAGGCUGUUCCCAUGAGACGAUAUGCUGGAUCAACUGGACGAAGUGCACAAGGCAAAGCAUUCGGUGUCUCAAAGGCCCGCCACCCAGUCAAGUCUGCCGAGUUCCUCCUGGGACUUCUCAAGAACGCCGAAGCCAACGCCGACACCAAGGGACUCGACACCUCCAACUUGAUUGUUAAGCACAUCCAAGUCAACCAAGCCCCCAAGCAGCGCCGCCGAACAUACCGAGCCCACGGUCGUAUCAACCCAUACAUGUCCAACCCCUGCCACAUCGAAUUGAUCCUUACCGAAGGCGCCGAGGAGGUCAGCAAGGCUGACGACACUGUCAGUGGUCCUAGAUUGAACUCUAGACAGCGUGGUGCUCAGCGUCGAAAGGCCAUUGCCUCAUCAUAG